AGGAAGACGGUUAACAUGCUGAUGUCCUUCUGUGGAGCGCUGCACGUCUGCUUCGUCACACCAUCCUUCCCCAUCGAGACUGCCAACCAGUUUGUUAUCCAGCUGAGACCUGAGCUCCAGGAUGCGCUGGUCGGAGUCAUCGACCACUACGGAUGGACCAAAUUCGUCUACAUGUACAGCUCUGACUCAGGCCUCUCAGUGUUGCAGAAGGUUCUGGAUACAGCAGCCGAGAGGAAUUGGCUUGUGACCUCAGUCAAUGUGGAAACCAUGACGGAGGCCUCCUUCCUGAAGGUGUUCCAGGACCUUGACAAGAGGAAGGAGGGCCAGAUUAUCAUUGACUGUGAGACCGAAAGGCUCACCGGCAUCCUCAAAAAGAUUGUGGAACAAGGGAAGAAUGCAAAGAGCUACCACUACAUCCUGGCUAAUCUGGGCUUCCUAGACAUUGACCUGACUGACCUUAGGAAAGGCGGGGCGAACAUCACUGGCUUCCAGCUGGUCAACAACUCAGAACCAAGUGUCAGCCGCGUUGUCGAGCAGUGGAUGGACUUUGACAAUAAAGAUUCGAAAGUGCCCAAGAGAGGCCUAAAGUAUACAGGUGCUCUGACGUACGAUGGCGUGAAAGUCAUGUCUACAGCCUUCCAGAACCUAAGGCGACAGAGGAUAGACAUCUCCCGCAGGGGCAACGCUGGCGAGUGCCUGGCCAACCCUCCAGCUCCCUGGGGACAGGGUAUUGACAUCCAGAGAGCCCUGCAGCAGGUUCGUAUAGACGGGUUGACUGGUCACAUCCAGUUCAAUGAGAAAGGUCGCAGGACCAACUAUACUGUUAGUGUCAUGGAACUGGCCCCAUCUGGACCUAAGAAGGUGGGCUACUGGAACGAGGAUGAAAAGUAUGUGACCACAGCCACCUAUAUGAGAGGCAGCAAUGAUACGUAUGGGCUUCAAAACAGGACCUACAUAGUCACAACCAUACUGGAGUCCCCAUAUGUGAUGCUGAAGAAGAACCAUGAGCAGCUGGUGGGGAAUGAUAAGUAUGAGGGCUACAUUGUAGAGCUAGCUGCAGAGAUUGCUAAACAUGUGGGCUACCACUAUAAGCUGAAGAUUGUCUCCGAUGGCAAGUAUGGAGCCCGAGACCCCGAUACCAAGAUGUGGAACGGAAUGGUUGGAGAACUGGUGUAUGGGAAAGCAGAUGUGGCAGUAGCCCCUCUUACCAUCACUCUGGUACGUGAAGAAGUGAUUGACUUCUCCAAACCCUUCAUGUCCCUGGGCAUCUCUAUCAUGAUUAAGAAACCCACCAAAUCCAAACCUGGCGUGUUCUCCUUCCUGGACCCCCUGGCCUAUGAGAUCUGGAUGUGCAUAGUGUUCGCCUAUAUUGGCGUCAGCGUUGUACUGUUCCUUGUUAGUCGCUUCAGUCCGUAUGAGUGGCAUGCUGAGGACUACGACGACACCGGGGACCCACAGACACCCACCCAAGGUUCAGCCUCCAAUGGAGUCCAACAGGGCCUGACAAUGGGCCAGCAGAACCCCAACCAGCAGAACCCUGAGCAGACCAAUGAGUUUGGCAUCUUCAACUCCCUCUGGUUUUCCCUCGGGGCCUUUAUGCAGCAGGGCUGUGACAUCUCACCACGGUCUCUCUCAGGUCGAAUCGUUGGUGGCGUGUGGUGGUUCUUCACUCUCAUCAUCAUCUCAUCCUACACAGCCAACCUGGCUGCCUUCCUGACAGUGGAGAGGAUGGUGUCUCCCAUAGAAAGUGCCGAGGAUCUUGCAAAGCAGACAGAGAUUGCGUAUGGGACCCUGGAUGCAGGCUCCACCAAAGAGUUCUUCAGGAGAUCUAAGAUAGCCGUGUUCGAGAAAAUGUGGUCCUACAUGAAGUCAGCUGACCCAUCUGUGUUUGUCAAGACCACAGACGAGGGUGUGAUGAGGGUCAGGAAGUCCAAGGGCAAAUACGCCUACCUGCUGGAGUCCACCAUGAACGAGUAUAUAGAACAGAGGAAACCUUGUGAUACUAUGAAGGUUGGAGGGAAUCUGGACUCUAAGGGUUAUGGCAUCGCCACCCCUAAGGGCUCCCAUCUCAGAAUCCCAGUAAACCUAGCGGUGUUGAAACUCAAUGAGCAAGCCGUCUUAGACAAACUGAAAAACAAAUGGUGGUACGAUAAAGGGGAGUGUGGCAGCAAGGACUCCGGACGAAAGGACAAGACGAGUGCUCUGAGCCUGAGCAACGUGGCGGGGGUCUUCUACAUCCUGAUCGGAGGCCUGGGCCUGGCAAUGCUGGUGGCACUCGUGGAGUUCUGCUACAAGUCCAGAACAGAGUCCCGCCGAAUGAAGCAAUCCAUCAACGAUGCCAUGCGCUGCUCUACUCUGACCAGGAUGAGUGGUAACGGGAGUGGCGGAGAAAACGGACGCAUCCUCACCCAUGACUUUCCCAAGACCGUUCAGACACUGCCUUGUAUGAGCCAUACCGCCAGCAUGGGACUCGGCGCCUCCGGCAUGUGA